AUCUGCGCAAUAUAUGCGUUGUACCUACUUGAGCAGGGGAGAGUCCGUAAGAAUUCACAUCUCCUGGCCUGCAGAGAAAGCAGAAACAUGAGCACAGCAGGAAAAGUAAUAAAAUGCAAAGCAGCUGUCCUAUGGGACCUCAAGAAACCAUUUUCCAUUGAGGAGGUGGAGGUCGCACCGCCUAAGGCCUAUGAAGUUCGUAUUAAGAUGGUGGCCACAGGAAUCUGUCGCUCAGAUGACCAUGUGGUUAAUGGAUCUUUGGUCUCACCUCUUCCUGUGAUCCUAGGCCAUGAGGCAGCUGGCAUCGUGGAGAGCAUUGGAGAAGGGGUGACUACAGUAAAACCAGGUGAUAAAGUCAUCCCACUCUUUAUUCCCCAGUGUGGAAAGUGCAAUGUUUGUAAACACCCGGAAGGCAAUUUCUGCCUAAAAAACGAGCUGAAUGAGUCUCGGGGGCUCCUUAAGGAUGGUACCAACAGGUUCACCUGCAGAGGGAAGCCCAUCUACCAGUUUGUCGGCACCAGCACCUUCAGCCAGUACACAGUAGUGGAUGAGAUAUCAGUGGCCAAGAUCGAUGCAAACUCACCACUGGAGAAAGUCUGUCUCAUUGGCUGUGGAUUUUCUACUGGUUAUGGGUCUGCAGUCAAAGUUGCCAAGGUCACCCAGGGCUCUACCUGUGCUGUGUUUGGCCUUGGAGGAGUUGGCCUGUCUGUUAUCAUGGGCUGUAAAGCAGCCGGAGCAGCCAGGAUCAUUGCAGUGGACAUCAACAAAGACAAAUUUGCAAAGGCCAAAGAGGUGGGUGCCACUGAGUGCAUCAACCCUCGGGAUUAUGAGAAACCCAUCGAGGAGGUGCUGAAGGAAAUGAGUGGUGGAGGUGUGGAUUUUUCAUUUGAAGUCAUCGGUCAGCUUGACACCAUGAUGGCUGCCUUGUUGUGCUGUCAAGAAGCAUAUGGUGUAAGCAUCAUUGUAGGAGUACCUCCUAAUGCCCAAAAUCUCUCUAUGAGCCCCAUGUUGCUGCUGACCGGACGUACCUGGAAAGGAGCUAUUUUCGGUGGCUUUAAAAGUAAAGAUUCUGUCCCCAAACUCGUGGCUGAUUUUAUGGCUAAGAAGUUUUCAUUGGAUCCAUUAAUAACCCAUGUUUUACCCUUUGAAAAAAUAAAUGAAGGAUUUGACCUGCUUCGCUCAGGAAAGAGUGUCCGUACCAUCCUGACAUUUUGAGACCACACGCAUGCCUUCACUUGUAGCGGUGUUCCAGCUCCUCCAUCAUCUGAAACAUCAGCCAAACAUCAUCAAUAAUUCUGUUCUUCAGAGAUGCUACCAAUAAAUUACACAUGGGGGCUUGCCAAAAGAAAUAAAAUGUGAAAUCAUUUUUCAAGUAAAUGUUUAAAAUUCAAGUGAGAGCUAGAUUAACCAUCAUAUGGGUAAUUGAGUCCAAUAAACUCUCCUUCUUAAUCAUUCUA